AGUAAAAGGGUGCACGCCGUGAACUAUCUGGCUAUCUUGCUCUCCUUAUCUUCUCAUCACGUUCCGUGUUCUGCUGAGGGAGACCUCGCUAUCCUGCUUUCUUCUUUCUAACUUGUUUCGAGUUUUCGCUCAGAUAAACGGUGUCACCGGGGUUUCCGGGCGGGAUGUUCCUUACGAACGGCCCCACGGGUGAUGGUACGGGAAACAUGAACAAUGGGCAGUUGUCGACGAAUAACGGGGUCUCGAACGUCGAUACAGGCCAGAACGCGGGCAAUUGGAAUGGCUACCAAGGGGGAGGUGGGAGAGCGGGGAUGGGAGGGAACGGUAACGUUUGCUAUAACUGUGGGAAACCCGGGCACAUUGCCCGGGAUUGCUGGUCACGACGGGGGCGUGGAGACACUAACACGCACGGUGAUCCGGAGCUGGAAGAAAUUAAGGAACACUUCCGUUUAAUGCGUAAGGAAAGACUGGAGUCAGAGGACAAACGAAGACUAGAGGAGGAGAGAAAAGCCAAGGAGGAGGAACUAAGGAGAAACUUGGACUUCGGCCCAAAGGCGGAAGAAUUCAAGUUACAACUACGUGUCGAGCUCUUGGAAGAACGGAGAAGGAACAACCAGGAGGCAGAGAAGGCGAGUUGUCCUUUGAAGACAUCUGCGAAGAAGAAAAGGGGAACGACCCAGAAAACACGCAAGAGCUGCAGAAAGGGGAGGGCGAAGAAGAAGAGGACGGAUAGAUCCAGCGACGAGACGGACAACGAGGAUCCGACGGAGGAAGACUCUUCGGACAGCGUAACUACUACGGAUUCUGAAGACUCUCAAGUAAUGCGGACUCCAAGGGGGAAGAAGAAGAAGGCUUACUCGAGGAGCAGAUACAAGAGGAAAAUGGCGGACAAGGCAAAGAAGACAACGGAGAACACACCGCUCAGAACACUCGAGCGAGGUGAAUGCUCCAGGCUGGGGAGGACGGAUCCGGGCGACACAGGAAGACAGCACGCGACUGACAGCGACGGGUUCCAGAUGGCGGAGGAAGAGGGACGGGGUGAGCCAAAGACACCGCUGACCGGGGGCUACAAAGGCGUAGCGACGGGAUGCUCACAAAAGGGCCUUAUAGAUUAUUGUAUCUCGGCUCAUAAGAUCUACUCGGCUAAGAAAGCCGAUGUACUCAGGCGUAUCUGUGAUCAGAAAGGGAUUAAGUACACUACGAAACCGGAGGUGGUAGAGAUYUUGGCAAGACACCAGGUGCAGUUGGCCUACGACGGGUUUGAAGAAACCCCAGCGGUAUCGAAGGGCGGGGAAAAGACGAAAGCUUCAGGAUCACCCCGGAAGACGUACACGAAGGGGAAGGAGGCUGGCGGAAAGCCUACUCCGGGGAGAGCUCCCGUGAUCAUAAAGUCAGCAACGGUGCAGCCGAUUGAGGAUUCUGACUGACGGUUAACUCCGACGAAUGCUGAACUAUGGGACAAGCUAAGUUAUUGGCUCCAACGGAGGACCAUUCUGAGGGAGUGCGGUAUAACCAGCGA